GGUUUUCUCCUUUAUCAUUUGCAUUUCCCUCCAUCACACUCUCUUCCGUCCUCAAACAAAACUCCGGCGAGGGUGAGACCGCGAGAAGAAAGAAAGGCGUCAGUAGGACCUCACAACGGCCCGCAACUGCUGUGUGCGCCUAACAGACGUAACACUGGGUCGCCGGUCGUCUGCCUCCCGGGGAUACACGUCGUCGCCUUCUGGAACGCGUGGAUAGCAGAAGACCCAUUCUGAGCUCACUGCUGAGGCUCUUGAUGCCACGUGACCUCCACAGUGACGAGUGAAGUCAACAGUGCCGUAGCUUUCUCAUCAGCUAGGUCGUCGCGUUUGCGCACCGACCUCACGACGACGGUCUUAACCCAACCCAACCAGGAUGACGGGCAGGUCUAUGCCGCCUCUGCAUUGGGGCAACGUUCUGUUCCACUGGAUUUACGUCUGGACCUUCUUGGUCGUCGUGGUACUGCAACCGGCAAGCGCUGGCCUCUGUUCAGUUGGAGAAGCCUUAAUGUCGUGUGACAAAAAGUUUCUGCGGCCAAAGGGUGAUAACGAGCUGUUUAUGAAGGCAAUCACGGCUUGCCUGGAUAAGGAGAAGUUGGACCUUAAGAAGAUAAACCUGCCAUGCUUCCAGCAGAAACAGGUGGACACCCUGGUGAAGUGCAGAUGUGAGGCCUACAUCCAAGCUGCGGGAAAGACGUCCAGCACGGAUGCGAAGAAAAAGACCGUCGGCUUCAAGAAAUGCGUCGACAACGCAGUCCAAAGCAAAAGCUGAAGGCUCUCUGCUAGAAAUAAAAGACUUCUAAACAACAAAA